GACGAGACCAACUCAUACAUUACAUACACACAUUCAACAUCGAAAAAUCUGAAACCUCCUACGACGUCGUUUCAAUGGAGGUUGCUCCGAGUUAUGAUCAUGAUUCUAGUAGAGUAGCUCCGUUCUCUUCGUGCUACGGUGAUGUCGGUGAUAGCAAUUCCAGUAGUUCAGUUGUGGAAAAUGAGGUUGCUGUGAAAUGUGACAAGGAGUUUGAAUCGAGCGAUUACUCAGCGGCUAUGAAGGUUCAGAAGUUCUACAGAGGCUAUCGUACUCGCCGCUUGUUAGCUGAUUCCGCUGUCGUUGCUGAGGAGCUCUGGUGGCAAGCAAUCGACUAUGCUAGAUUGAAUCACAGUACAAUUUCGUUCUUUAAUUUCUCAAAGCCGGAGACAGUAUCUUCACGGUGGACUCGAGUCACGCUGAAUGCUUCUAAGGUGGGGAAGGGCUUAUCGAAAGAUGCCAAAGCACAGAAAUUGGCUUUUCAGCACUGGAUUGAAGCUAUUGAUCCACGGCAUCGUUAUGGGCACAGCUUGCAUUUGUAUUAUGAAGAGUGGUGUAAAGCUGAAGCUGGGCAACCCUUUUUCUACUGGUUGGAUAUUGGAGAUGGUAAAGAGGUUGAUCUUCCAAAAUGCCCUAGAUCAAAGCUGAGGCAACAAUGUAUCAAGUACCUUGGACCUCAAGAGAGAGAACAAUAUGAAUAUGUUGUGGUUGAAGGCAAAAUAGUUCAUCAACAAACAGGCGAGUUUCUAGAUACCAAUAGAUUGCCUGGGGCAAAAUGGAUAUUUGUCAUGAGCACCUCCGAAAGACUUUAUGCCGGGGAGAAAAAGAAAGGAGUUUUUCAUCAUUCAACUUUCCUCGCUGGAGGGGCAACUUUAGCUGCUGGAAGGCUUGUGGUACAGAAUGGCAUACUUAAGUCAAUCUCAGCAUACAGCGGACAUUACCGUCCAACUGAUGAAAGGCUUGACAGUUUUCUAUCAUUUCUGAAGGAGCAUGGGGUAAUCCUUGAUGAAGUUGAAAUACGCAAAUCAAACGAAGACUAUAAUAAUGACGAUUACAUCAAACCAACUAAAGAUGGCAAUGCAGCUGAAGUGUUGCAAGAUUCAGAUUCCUGCGCACCUGACAAUUUCAACACAGAGGAUGAAACAGCAAUGCAUAAAAAGCUUGAGGUUCCACAAAAGGACGCCCGGCACAGUUACAGAAGGACUCUCUCUGGUGGUCUUCAAAGUCCCAAAGCUGAAGUGGCCAAGACAGCGAUACUGCAAAGGAUCAACUCCAAGAAGGCUGCAAAAUCAUACCAGUUAGGCCAUCAACUUACCCUCAAAUGGUCAACUGGUGUAGGUCCAAGAAUCGGUUGCAUUGCUGACUAUCCUGCAGAACUGAGAGCACAAGCCUUGGAGUUCACUAGCCUCUCCCCGAGAACUCCACCAACACCAUCGUCCUACAAGAAACUAGGUGCUCUUGUGUCACCUAAGGCUAGUCCUCGUGAAUCAGCAGUAGCCACGCCAACUUCUGAAAUCUGACUGCAUUGGAGUUUACUAAAUAUUGCUUCCUAGAUGUUUAUGGAAUUUAUAUUCAAUGACUUCGUAUCCCACCUCUUUAUGUAAUAUCCACAUAUUUUCUUCUUUAA